GCCAAGCCCGCGCUUGACGGGAGACGAGGAGAGCAGUCGGAGAGGGGAAGAAAGUUGACGUCGUCUCCCUCCCGCCCCCCAAAAGGGGUUUAUCGGGUACCAUGGACUCCUCCGGCGGCUCCAAAGGGUGCAUGGGGCAGUUCACCACCUUCGUGCGAACUCGCAAGGGAAUAAUCCUCAUCGCGGAAAUAAUCGCCUGUCUCCUCAUCCUGAUCCUCUUCGGGUCCUCAGGAGCAGCCAGCUAUGGAUCUUUGCCCAUCUUCAUGGCGAUUUACAGUGUCAUCAUUUUCAUCCUCUUCUGUUGUGAUUUACACAACCAGCUAACUUUUAUCCACUGGGGAUGGACUGAUUUCAUCAGGGCGCUCAUCGGAGCUGUGGCCUUCAUCAUCAUCUCCAUUGUCGUCUUCGUAAAUUUCCGCCAUGGAGCCACCAUCGUUGGCGGGGUGUUUGGAAUUCUGACAGGAAUCCUCUUUGGCUAUGAUGCCUACACCAUCUUACCAAGCCUCAAGAAAAGACAUACAGCAGCUCCCACUGGUCCUACGGAUGGGAUCUGAGAACGCCAUCUGUCUUCCACAUCAUGCCGAAGCACCGCCACACUGGACCCCUCCGCUCUAGCCUCCUGCUGGGUCUCCAGCCUGUCAAUUCAGCAGCAUCUCCCUCCCCCUUGGAUGGGUCACCAAGGUUCAAACAGAUCAUUCUUCGCCCCUAAUCUCCGCCAAUUUCUGACUCUGUCUUAACAACGGAAAAAGAAAGCCGCUUUAGGCACCUUAUGGAUUCUAAUAAAAUAACUGUGCAGGUGUCUAGGUUUGCGUGUCCAGGAAGCUUUAGGGAAUAAAGCAGUUUAGAGUUUGGUGAAUUGGAGGGGAGAAAAUAGAUUCUGUCCCUGGAUUUUAUCCAAAGUUCUAGGAAAGGAAGCCAGGGAGCAUCAUAGGAAGCAGCUCCACAGACCCAUUAAGUGCCUUCCCUUUUUUUG